AACAAGAUGACCGAGGGAAAGGAGCAUUUGUCGAUCGUGAUCUGCGGUCACGUCGAUUCCGGUAAGUCGACCACCACCGGUCACUUGCUCUUCGAGUUGGGUGGUAUUCCGGAACGUGAGUUGGAAAAGCUGAAGGCUGAGGCUGACCGUCUCGGAAAGUCUUCCUUCGCUUUCGCCUUCUACAUGGACCGACAGAAGGAGGAGCGUGAGCGUGGUGUGACCAUCUCCGUCACCACCAAGGAGUUCUUCACGGAGAAGUGGCACUACACCAUCAUCGAUGCUCCGGGUCACCGCGAUUUCAUUAAGAACAUGAUUACCGGUGCCUCCCAGGCCGAUGUCGCUCUCAUCAUGGUCCCGGCUGAUGGUACCAUUUCUAGCUUCGCAUGGCUAUAUACUUUCGAAAAUCUAAAUUACUUUUCUCAUCGCAGUCGCCGAUUCAUAGCUUGCUGUAGCAUCUUCGGGAGUCUUAAAUGGUGUGAGACUCAGACUUAGUUCAGAUUUGGGUUGUCAUCUGCACGCUGCGUAUUACAAUUUUACACAAAAUGGUAGGCGCAACUGUCAACAAAAAUCACAGGUAACUUUACCACCGCCAUCCAGCGUGGUAACCACAAGGCUGGUGAGAUCCAGGGUCAGACCCGUCAGCACUCCCGUCUUAUCAACUUGUUGGGCGUCAAGCAGAUCAUCAUUGGUAUCAACAAGAUGGAUUGCGACACCGCUGGUUACAAGCAGACCCGUUAUGACGAGAUCGCCAACGAGAUGCGUAACAUGUUGGCCAAGGUCGGAUGGAAGAAGGACUUCCUCGAGAACCAGGUUCCGUACAUGCCGAUCUCCGGUUGGUGCGGUGACAACUUGGUCAAGAAGACCACCAACAUGUCCUGGUGGAAGGGUGCUGAUGUCAAGGUCGGCUCUGAGACCGUCCACGUCGACACUUUGUACGACUGCUUGAACAACAUGUGCCGUGUUCCGGAGCGACCGAUCGAUGCCCCCAUGCGUCUGCCGAUCUCUGGUAUCUACAAGAUCAAGGGUGUCGGUGAUGUGCUUGCUGGCCGUGUCGAACAGGGUAUCGUAAAGCCCAAUGAAGAAGUCAUUUUCUUGCCGACCCACACCGCUGCCAACGCCUGCGCCGGAAAGGUCUUCCAGAUCGAGAUGCACCACAAGUCCGUACCGGAAGCCAAGCCGGGUGACAACGUUGGUAUGAACGUUAAGAACUUGGAUAAGCAGAACAUGCCGCGCUCCGGUGACGUCAUGAUCUACAAGAAGGACACCACCUUGUCCGCUGUCAAGGCCUUCGAUGCCCAGAUUCAGGUCCUCGAUAUCCCGAACGAGAUCAAGAUCGGUUACUCCCCGAUCGGUUUCGUCCGCUGCGGACGUGCUGCGUGCCGUAUCUCCGCCCUCAAGUGGAAGAUGGGCAAGGAGACUGGCGGUAAUAUUUCUAAAAUUGGUUCUUUCUUCUAAGAAUCAUAGAUUUCUCAUGAUGCUCAUGCUGUUUCAGACAUGAUAGCUCUUUCAGGGCUGGUACAAAAGUGAGCACGUAAAUGAUUCUCCUCUUGUUCGAUCCACUUCUCCUAUCACCAUCAUCCACCUUUUUUCUACUCUCAGGUAAGAAGAUGGAGGAGCCGCACUCCCUGAAGUCCAACGAGAUGGCCCAGGUCACCUUCGAGCCGCAGCAGCCGCUCGUCGCUGACUCCUUCAAGAACUGCGAGGGUCUCUCCCGUGUCGCGUUCAUGGACGGAAACGGUGUUGUCAUGUUGGGAAAGGUCGUCUCUGUCGAGGCCAAGGUCUUCGAGGCCAAGAAGAAGUAAGCGACUCAUCGCUUCCAUCUUCGAUAACAUCACGGUAGGAGCACGAUAAAGCGAAGUAGAAGAGGAGAAAUGCAGAUAUAGCUAAUUGGAGGUGGCGUGGAAAAAGUUUUUGGUUUGGAGUUAGGCUUUCAGCCUGACGACCGCGACUUCUUCAUAGGGACGCGACUUCCGCUCGGCAAUGGCAGAUUUUCUCUCCUUCUCGGCCAGAGAAAUGUUUGGAGAACAAGGAAAUAUCAUGGAGGAUGGAGAUCGGGACCGUCUGAGGAAUUCGUUUCGUGUGUUGAUGCUCCUUUUCUGAGAAAGGAUGGGUUCUAAACGUGCGCGCGCGGACAUUACUCAAAAUGGAAGCAAUCUUUCAUCAUCAUCUUUUCUCUCUUCAAUUUGUACCAAUACCGCAAGCUUGCGAACUCCUUACGUGAAAAAACCUCGCGAGAGCACCCCGCUUUCGCGCCUACUCCGACAGGCAUCGGCAUGAGGCAAGUAUGUGUUGGAUCGAAAGGUGUUCAAUUCGCGGCGAAUCGAGGCCAUGAUGAAAGUGAGACUUGGCUCAUCACUCUUAAUUCUAAAGACUCCGUAGAUUGUCAAGACUCUUUCGAAGAUCCAAGCGCUCUUCACCAGAUACAACUUCACGUGAACCAUCGAUGUAGAUCAAAAGAACACGAAUUCCGUAUGCAACAUUACCGAUCUGAUGCGUCAAGUCUGAGAUCUGACCUUUUGUAAGAGAUCUGAAAAGGAGGAUGAUGCUGAUCCUACUUGCUUUAUGGUGAGAAAGUUUGCAAGUUCAGCUAGUAUUUAAUAUUCUAACCCGGAUGGGUUCAACUUGUUAUUCACAAUCUGAUCUAUUGAUGCUAUUUCCAUUGCUCUUGGCGUAACAUCAAACUCUCUCGAGUCAAUAAGCCAUAAGCCAUUUUCCAUUCCAACUACUAUCACAGGGAUUUAAGACAUUCGUCUUUUACGAGUAUUCGUCAAUUCGAGUAGUUUUACUACAUCACAACCAACAAAAUGACCGAGGGAAAGGAGCAUUUGUCGAUCGUGAUCUGCGGUCACGUCGAUUCCGGUAAAUCGACCACCACCGGUCACCUGCUCUUCGAGUUGGGUAAAAUUCUACUGUUGCAUUAGGUUUUCGAAUGUCUUAGACGAUGGAGGAAAUCACAGCUACUUUUCUUUUUGAAGUGGAAGUCUUCAAGUAUAUGCACAUGAAGAUGGAAGUUUCGUAACAUCUUCAGAUUUCGGCGCUUGUCUUUACUAUCCUCCAUUGGAAAAACUCAAUCUCUAUUUAUUCUUCAGGUGGUAUCCCGGAGCGUGAGUUGGAGAAGCUGAAGGCUGAGGCCGACCGUCUCGGUAAGUCUUCUUUCGCUUUUGCGUUUUACAUGGACCGACAGAAGGAGGAGCGUGAACGUGGUGUGACCAUCUCCGUCACCACCAAGGAGUUCUUCACGGAGAAGUGGCACUACACCAUCAUCGAUGCCCCGGGUCAUCGCGAUUUCAUUAAGAACAUGAUUACCGGCGCCUCCCAGGCCGAUGUCGCCCUCAUCAUGGUCCCGGCUGAUGGUACUGAUAAUUUUUUUGCUUCUACUUUGUGGUCACUUGCCUAUCCAGCAUCGUUGCUCGCUGGUCGCAUCAAGUCAGUAUUUCGAUUUGAUAUUGUAGAUGUAGUGUCCUUCUAGAUAGAGACGGCGUGUGUGUUGAAGCUGAUGUUGCAUACUACAAACUCAAAAAUACACAGGUAACUUUACCACCGCCAUCCAGCGUGGUAACCACAAGGCUGGUGAGAUCCAGGGUCAGACCCGUCAGCACUCCCGUCUUAUCAACUUGUUGGGCGUCAAGCAGAUCAUCAUUGGUAUCAACAAGAUGGAUUGCGACACCGCUGGUUACAAGCAGACCCGUUAUGACGAGAUCGCCAACGAGAUGCGUAACAUGUUGGCCAAGGUCGGAUGGAAGAAGGACUUCCUCGAGAACCAGGUUCCGUACAUGCCGAUCUCCGGUUGGUGCGGUGACAACUUGGUCAAGAAGACCACCAACAUGUCCUGGUGGAAGGGUGCUGAUGUCAAGGUCGGCUCUGAGACCGUCCACGUCGACACUUUGUACGACUGCUUGA